AUGAAAGAUUUUAAAGCGCAAAGGUUUGCGUCCUUUCAAAUUUUUUUCAUUUCUUUUUCUUUCUUCAUUUCUCUUACACGUAUAUUCUCCUGUGGUUGCAGGAUAGAUACCGCGGGAGUUAUUCAAAGGGUAAAAGACUUAUUUAGAGGACACAGGGACUUGAUCUUAGGCUUCAACACCUUCCUGCCAGAGGGAUACGAAAUUACUCUCCCUAUUGAAGAGGGAAUUCAACAGAAAAAACCUGUUGAGUUUGAGGAAGCUAUCAAUUUUGUGAACAAAAUAAAGGUGUCAACUAUAUUUCUUCCAAACUCUUUCGCAAGAUUUAAGGGUGGCAUUAGGCUUAAAGUCCCAUUAACUUCUUUCAUCUUGCUUACAGACCUGUUUCAAAAAUGAUGAGCGUAUCUACAAAACAUUCCUAGAUAUUCUGAACAUGUACAGGAAAGAGAGCAAGAGCAUUGCAGAAGUUUAUCAGGAGGUAUAUAUCUGACAUAUUUAUCUUUUUCAGUGUCCUUUUUAUGUGUUUUAUGAUAUUUUAACUUGUAGAAAUCCUGGCCUGUACAUUUGCAGGUCACAUUGCUGUUUGAAAACCAUCACGAUCUUCUCAAGGAGUUUACUCAUUUCUUACCCGAUCACACAGCGAAAUCCGUGUUGCAAGAAAAGACAUCAGCGCAUAGAGACGAGAAGAGCGUUGGUCGAUUAGCUAUCAGACAUGGUCAAGUUGACAAGGUACUGAUUUGCAAUUGA